UUCUACUUUCUGUUAAACACUUGCGUAGACUCGCUCGAGGAGUCUACCUUUUCCGUCCUGCGAAGUUUUCUGCUGAGCACUUUCUACUUGGGCUUCCUGGGAAAUGGAGACAUCUGCGUACACGUCUGUUGUGAAGUGAAGGGAAACCGGUGAAAUAGGGGUCGGUGACCUACGUUUGGGUUUCUGCAUCUCGCUGUGAUACGGACCUAGACCUGACUUCAGCUGCUAUGUCUUAGCUAACAGUGAUACAGUCCAGCCCUCCCGCACCUGCUUCAUCUCCUCCUCUCAUGUUGUAGCAGCAGCGGCGUGAUGAGCGGCCCGCACCAGCAGCAACAUGGCAGCGCGGGCUCCGAGCGAGACCUGCACUCCGCUGCCUCCUCUGCCGGCCUGCCUCCAGGUAGAAAGGCCCCCAAGAAGCGCCACCUGUCCCUCCACUCUUUCUUCAACCGGCGGCGCCGGGCCGACUGCGACCCCAAGCGCAAGGCGAGGACUUUGCAGGCCGGAGCCGUGGUGGAAGGCGUUGUGAGCACGGAGCACGUGCAGUCAGACACUGUCCAUGACAAAACCUCAGCCCACCCUGCGGCGGGCGCAGCACCGGCCCCGUCGGAGCCGGGGUCUUCGCCGGAGCUGCUGGAGUGCCCCCUGUGCCUGCUGCGCCACGCACGGGAGCGCUUCCCGGACAUCAUGACCUGUCACCACCGCUCCUGUGCCGACUGCCUGCGGCAGUAUCUGCGCAUCGAGAUCUCGGAGUCCCGCGUCAACAUCAGCUGCCCCGAGUGCUCCGAGCGGUUCAAUCCCCAUGACAUCCAGAUGAUCCUGGGAGACCGGGCCCUCAUGGAGAAGUACGAGGAGUUCAUGUUGAGGAGGUGGCUUGUGGCUGAACCCGACUGCCGCUGGUGCCCGGCCCCAGACUGCGGUUACGCAGUCAUUGCGUUCGGCUGUGCCAGCUGCCCAAAGAUCACCUGUGGGCGUGAGGGCUGUGGGACGGAGUUCUGCUACCACUGCAAACAGCUGUGGCAUCCCAACCAGACGUGUGACACAGCACGGCAGCAAAGGGCCCAGAACUUCCGACUCAGGAGUUUCAGGUCCUCUUCCCUCAGCUACAGCCAAGAAAGUGGAGCUGCAGGAGAUGACAUCAAGCCAUGUCCACGCUGUGCUGCUUACAUUAUUAAAAUGAAUGAUGGAAGCUGCAAUCACAUGACGUGUGCUGUCUGUGGUUGUGAGUUCUGCUGGCUCUGCAUGAAGGAGAUCUCUGACUUGCACUAUUUAAGUCCAUCAGGCUGCACCUUUUGGGGAAAGAAGCCCUGGAGCAGAAAGAAGAAGAUCUUGUGGCAGCUGGGCACGCUAGUGGGAGCACCUGUCGGCAUCGCUCUCAUUGCUGGGAUUGCCAUCCCUGCGAUGAUCAUUGGCAUCCCAGUCUAUGUGGGCAGGAAGAUCCAUAACCGUUACGAGGGUAAAGACAUCUCUAAACACAAGAGGAACUUGGUAAUAGCUGGUGGUGUGACACUGUCUGUGAUUGUGUCGCCUGUGGUUGCAGCCGUCACUGUCGGCAUUGGUGUUCCCAUCAUGCUGGCUUAUGUGUAUGGAGUUGUGCCGAUCUCAUUGUGCCGGAGCGGAGGCUGUGGAGUGUCUGCAGGCAACGGCAAAGGGGUGCGGAUCGAGUUUGAUGAGGAAAAUGAAAACAGCGGGAGCGGCGCCGCAGCCACAGACACCACCUCUGUGGCAGAGACACGCCUCAACAAUGCAAGCCUCGGCGAUGGGGCGAGUGUUGGUGGUCUGACCAGCCUGAGCCUCAGUGUGAGUGGGAGCCACAUGGAGCGAUGCGGCAUGAGCUCCACCCAGCGGGACAACAUGAGUGACAACGCCAGCACUACGGCGCUAGCUGGAACCAGCAUCACCGGCAGCCUGUCCGGUAGCUGCUACAACAGGAUGGAAGUUCAGGCCGAUGUCCAGAAGGAGCGCUGCAGUCUGAGUGGAGAGUCGGCCACGAUCAGCCUCGGCACGAUCAGCGACAAUGCGAGCACAAAAGCCAUGGCAGGAUCCAUCCUCAACGCCUACAUGCCUCUAGAAAGAGACAAUAGUCUGGACGUUCAGGCAGAUGUGGAGGCCAAACAGGAGAAGGUGAGGCAUGGCAGUGCCAGCAGCAGCCUGGAUGAAGCCAGCUGUAGCAGCAGCACUGCCGGCCUCAAAGAAGCUAGUGGAGACUCCAACCACUCUCCCUGCUGCUGUGUCCAGCAUGACAACCACUGCUGCUCCUCGUGCCCUCAGUCUAAGGAACCAUGCGCUUCAGGAUGCAAAAAGAGUAAGGGUAAACUCUGGAAAAGAGCGGAGACCAGCAAAGGAGAGACCAGAAUUAAUGAAACAGAAGGCGACAUGGAUGCUCAGCUCCUGGAGCAGCGCAGCACUAACUCUUCUGAGUUUGACUCCCGCUCCCUGAGCGGCAGUCUGCCCUCCGUGGCCGACUCGCACUGCAGCCAGUUCUCAUCAGAGCUCAGCUGCUCAGACCCUGAGACCUCGAGAGCAGCUCAUUCGUCCUGCUGCUCCCUGAGGGACCCCCACGCUCAUCACCCAGCCGUCGCCUUCAGCGACAUCACCAUCACACCCAUGCCUGAAGUGGAGAACGACCGCCUGGAGCACCACCCAUCACAGAGUGGCCACGCGGCCCUCGCCCGCCUGCUGUCCUCGUCUCCUCCUGGUUCCCCGAAGGAGGGGAGCGCUGCGAGGUUUCUGUUCAUCAGAGAGGAAAGUGUUGGCGACGUCGCAGACGUAGAGGCAGAGAAGGACGAGAGCCUGAAUGAGAGCGCUAGCGGUGCUGCCAUCCAGCCUGUCAGCCCGUCCAGGAAGCGCUGUUUACAGACAGACAUCUAAGGUCAUCAGGUGUUAUCGCUGCUGAAAGAGGUAAACUUAUCACCAGUGCUAACUUCAGCCUGAUUGAAGUAGCCGUAAUUAAUCAGGCUCAUCAGUUUAAAGAUAUUUUUAUCCACUGUGGAGGCGGGAAUGUGAUCUGAAUGUCCGUCUGUACAGUCAGAGAGGCCAGAGGUUUAAGUUGAAGAGAGAUUGGAGAGAAACAAGUAAAAUGGAGCAGACGUGUUGUUUUGUUGUUCAGUAACAGAACAAACAGACAUGCGGUUGUUUUUGACACAGAAAGGCCUGAAGAACGUAGAGUUGAAUGUAUGUGGACAGGUGUAAAGCAGGCACUCAGUGUUGUGAGAUCCUCCAGAAGCUGAAUACAUCCAGCUAGCACCAGGUCUGGGCACCUUAUUGCUUUUAUCUCGCUUUUUAGGAUAUUUGCAAAAGCAGAACCAAUUAAGUAAAAUGGAUUUUCAGUAGAAAAUCAUUUUUAUCUUUGCAUGAAUCAGGGAUGGAGAUGUCAUCACUGUGGUCCACCGCUGUGCCACCAGUUCAUUUUGUGACUUAUAUUAAAACAACAUGAAAUCAAAAAGGCUGUCGAACCCUCCGUUGUGCAUAUAAAGCUUGGAGGGACCCGUCCGCUGAGUAGCAGAUCUUAUUUUUCCAUAAUCACCUAUAAGUUUAAUGAUUAUUAUUUACUUUUCUUUCAAAUGUGACUCCUGUUAUUGUGCUGUGCAUUUGCUUAUUUCUAUUUUCCAUUUUGGGAAAGUUAGUUUUAAAUGUUAAAGCCCUGUGUCGGGUCCAGACUGUUUUUUUUUGCAUAGUCAAGUGGAAAUUGUGUUGGCCAGGACCUAAUUUAAGAGGAAAGGCCGUUAAACUUUAAGCCCACUUUUUUGGCAGUUAAACCUGUGCAAAGUAUUUGUUGCAUUUUUAGGAAAUCAUUUCAAUUUUUAUUAAUUUUGAAAUGAUUAUCAAUUUUUAAAUAUGCAUUCAAGAAUAUUCAAUGUAAGGAAAACUGAGCAAGUCUAGUACUCAGUCGCUAAAACUGGAAAGACAUCCAGACAAUGUAUUUGCAAUACAAACACUUUGACUUGUAAAAUAAAUUUGUUGUGCAAUGAAAAGCUCUGCUUGUGUAACCAAGCACAUACAUCUGUCAGUGAUUUCUUAUUCAUUGUGAAUGUAUGAUGAUAUUAGAUCUGAAUCUACUUCUCUCUGAGUAAAAGUAUUUCAGAGCUUUGGGUCUAUUUCAAAUACAGUGUGUUGUAAGAUUGUUAUUUCUACAAGAAUGAUCAAUGCAAACAAUUACAUAUUUGUUAAACCCAUGGUGCCUUUUGGGGAAAUUCCUUUGUACAGUGUUUCUAUUCUCUUUUUAUUUCCAUAUUCUUUGUCUUCAGAUGAUAGACAUGAAACAGGAUGAAUUGUUUUCCUCAAAAUGCCUGAAAUGUUGCAUAGCCGUUGUAGCAUACCAAAGAAUGCAGGAUCCUGCACUUCACACACUUGAUGGAACUGAAAUGGUUUCCUUGCAUGAAUCUGAUUCAGACUCGACUUCAGUCCAAGUAAAGAGGAGCAGAACCACGGCUGUAGGUUAAAGCCUAAGCAGGCGUUUGCAUCCGUUCAGCUGCUGUUUGGGUGCAUGUCUUUUACACCCCGUGUUAUUCGUCUGUUGGAGGAAAAUGGGGGUUGUGUUUAUUAUUUGAAGACUGGCACCAGGUCUGUUUUCUAACUCGGCCACGAAGCAAAUGCUAUUUGUAUAUCAAACAAUAAAAUUCCUAAUCAAG